AUCAAUGCAAAAAAUUAUUUUUAUUAAGUAAAAGUGAAAGAUAUAGUUUCAUACUAAUAAAUCUAAAAAUUAUUUACAACUUUUUGAACAUUACUGAUAUGUAGUACGAUGAUGCCAUAAACACUUUCGAAAGUUCGUGCAUUUCUCGACGGGCGACGGAGAUCGAUAUCGCGGACGUUUUCGUUGCCAAAGAAACUUGGAUACCCGUUCUAUAUAUUGCAAACAUCCGCGCGAUCAAGUAUGCAGGAUGUCGAAUCGAGGAAGAAUACGAAGCGAGGACGAACCUUCCUGGCAACGAAGAGCGUACGAGCGUCACCGUUCUAGGGUAAAGACGGCCAGACCGACGGUAGACGUAAAGCCUCCGGAGGACAGACCUCACGUAUUGUUCAAUGCGAAAAGACUACAGCUAGAACGCGAACGACAAGCGCGAAUUGUCAGAGAAAAUUUCAUCCUGUUAAAGAAACUACGGGAGAUCAUGCAUCGAAAGCGACGGGUAGCAGAUGAUACUCAACGGGUUCAAUGGCAGGAGUCUAGAUGUGUGAGGACUCGUUAAGGAAGAGAAACUUGACGAGAUACCCCUCUGCGUACACAUUUGCAAUUUACAUGUAUGCACUAUCUUUUGUACUUUACUUGAAAUGAAAAAAACAAUAUAUACAUGCAGACCUAAUCAAUCGUUGAUUUCUAGCAUAUUUUUUUCUAUUUGAAAUUAUUGUACAUUGGUCUACUGCA